AUGGAUCGCAGUAAUUUAAAAGUCAUAGCUGCGACGGCAGUUUUAACUGCGGUAGGAAUCAAAACUUUCGAUGCUCUCAUGAAUAAUUACAGGAAUUUUGGAAGCUUCUUGCCAAAAAAGUCCAUUUCGGCGAAUGGCAAAUCGCGACGUUUGCCAAACGGCUUCACAGAAGAUGCAGCUGGGUAUGACGAUGAGUUGUUUCGCGAACAAUUGGCUCGAAACUAUGCAUUUUUGGGUGAAGAAGGUAUGAACAAACUGAAAGAGCAAUACAUCGUUGUGGUGGGUGCCGGUGGAGUUGGAUCAUGGGUAGUCACCAUGUUAGUGCGUUCUGGAUGCCACAGAAUUAAGAUUAUUGAUUUUGAUCAAGUCUCGUUAAGUUCUUUGAAUCGACACAGCUGUGCGACGCUGAGAGAUGUUGGAACUCCAAAGGUUGAGUGUUUGAAAACGCAUCUGAAGCAGAUUGCUCCGUGGUGUCAGAUUGAGGCUGUGAAUGAGCUAUGGACGAAGAGCGAGGCGGACAGACUCAUUUUUGGUACAACAAAACAGGAAAACCCCACAUUUGUAAUAGACUGCAUUGACAAUAUAGACACGAAAGUUGAUUUAUUGGAAUUCGUGCAUCGUCACAAUCUGCCAUGCAUUUCUUCCAUGGGGGCCGCAACUAAGAGUGAUCCAACCAGGAUAAAUGUUGGAGACUUGACCACGACGGAAGAAGAUCCGCUCGCGCGUUCAGUGAGAAGGCGGUUGAAACAGCGAGGUAUAACCAAAGGUAUUCCAGUAGUUUUCAGUGCAGAAAAGCCGGAUCCUAGAAAGGCAAAAUUGUUACCUCUACCUGAAGAAGAGUUCCAAAAGGGCAAAGUAGACGAGUUGACUGCGAUCAAAGAUUUCCGCGUAAGAAUCCUUCCAGUUUUAGGAACCAUGCCCGGAAUGUUCGGCUUGACCAUCGCCACCUGGGUACUCACCAAAGUUUCAGGGUAUCCGAUGGAACCUAUUGAGGGUAAAAACAGAAUCAAGAUUUAUGACGGAAUAUAUCAAUCUCUAGCAGGACAGAUGUCUCGUAUAGGCAUGCCAGACCAGCGCGUUCCGAUUGCUUUGAGGGAGAUUGGAUACAUUGUUGAAGAAGUCUUCAGAGGGAAAUCACCUAUUAGUGGGUUCUCUACGAGGCUGACAUUGUCCAAAUGGGACCCAAAGCUUCCCGUUUCUUUGCAAAACGUGGUACUUCUUACAAAGGAGGAACAGAAAGAGCACGAGAAGCGUGUGCUUAACGGGCAUGAAGCCAUAGAAGACGUGUAUUCUGCACAAGUAUUAGCAGAAGUUAAUAAGAGAUUUGAAGAAGAGAAUUAUUAUUCUCAAUUUAGGUGA